AUGGCUCAUGUUAUCCAACACCUGUCCCCAGCCUGCCCGGGCCUUCCCACCAGACUGUGUGUGUUUCCGGCCCUCCCUCUGUGUCUCUCUUCCUUUCUCACUCCUAUGUCUGGGUCCACAGAGGAGUUCUCCGUGACUGGCCCCUCGGAUCCCAUUGUGGCAGUGCUGGGCGGAGACACCGUGCUGCCCUGUCGUGUGUUCCCACCCAUAAGUGCAGAAGACAUGGAGCUGAGGUGGUUCCGCUCCAAGUUUUCAGAAGCCGUGUUCAGCUAUCAAAACCGAGUCGAGCGGAAUGAGGAACAGAUGGCGCAUUACGUAGGGCGGACCUCGCUGGUGAGGGACCUCCUUGCCCAGGGGGCGGCUGCCGUACACAUCCAGAAGGUCCAGGUUUCAGACAAUGGGCUGUACACCUGCUUCUUCAGAAAGGGAGGCUUCUACGAAGAGGCGAGUUUGGAGCUGAAGGUGGCAGGUGUGGGCUCUGCCCCUCAGGUGCGCAUCACAGGGCCCGAGGAGGAUGGGGUCCGUGUGGUGUGCACGUCCUCGGGGUGGUUCCCGAAGCCCCAGGUGCGGUGGAGAGACCUCAGAGGAGAGGAGUCCCUGGUGUUCUCCGAGGCGCACACCCAGGACGCUGAAGGGCUGUUCGGCGUGGAGGCGGCUCUGGUGGUGAGAGACAGCUCUGCAGGGAACGUGACCUGCUCCGUCCUCAACACUGUCCUGGGCCAGGAGAAGGCCAUGGCCAUCUUCAUCCCAGGUCAGCGCUGCUCCCUGCUCCCCGCAGGGCUGGCGGAGCGGACCGGGCGCUCCUGA